CUGGCCAGUCACUGGGACGGAAGAAGCCGGGAAGCUGUCCCCAUCGAGGCAUGGGAGGGAGGAGUACGUACAGACGGUGGGCAGUGCCAGGGAAGCCAGGGAAAGGUGAAGGAGAACCAGGCAGAAUGAAGCCAAAGGUCAAGCCCAGCCCCGGGCACCCGGACGGGGAAGUGUGCAGGGGGUCACCAUUGGAGCUGGGACUGGGGGAGGCGGGUCCCAAGGCUCGGAGAGUAGCGUCGGGGGGCGGCCCCAGAGGCCUCGGGGGGAGGGGGAGGCAGAGUGCGAGCGCCACUCGGGGCGCCGCGACGGGCCACUCUGUACGUCCGGCGGAGGGGAGGCACGGGGUCAGAGCGGGAGCUCGGGGCACCGGCCCGGGGGGCUGCUGUGUGGGAUCCCCAUCGGGAGCGCUGGGAGGGGGCAACAAAGGGCGAGGGAGGCGGGGGUGGCUGAGAAAGGUGGGAGAGCGAGGGUCUAGGCGAGCGGCUCAGCACAUCGGGGCAGAGAGAGGUCUGGGGGGCAUUUCCACGGCGGGGAGAGGGCUGUCGCUGGGGCGGGCAGCGGCUCGGGCGGAGGGGACAAUGGGCAGGGGCCUGGGGAACCUUUGUGAGGAAGGCGGCUCGGGUCACCGGACCGGAAGGGGGUGUGUGAGGUCUCCGCGGCUGGCGCGGGGACGUGGAGGGCGGAGGCCGGGGCCGGAGGGCAAUCAGCGCGGACCCCUUCCGCUAGGGGGCCCCUUCGGAGGGCCCGGCCUAGGCCUUCCCCGGGGCCGCCGCCGGCUGUCGGGAAAACGGCGGGGGACAGAAAGGGCCAAGGUCAUUUUCCCCAAACCCGUCAGCACCCUCCUCUCCGGCCGCCGAACCUCCGCCACCGAGCCCGCGCGCUUUAUCCGCUCUCCGCCUGCCCUGCCUGGCCCGGCCCGCCCGGCGGGUCCAGCGAGCUCGGCCGCCCAGCUUCCCGGGCCGCCCCGACCUAUCGCCGCCGCCGCCGCCGCCGCCGCCGAGGGCCCAGAGCGAGGCUGCCCGCCGCUCCGCCUGCGCGCAAGCGCGCGCGCGCAGGGCCCGUCACCGCCCACCGGGCCCGUCACCGCCCACCGGGCCCGUCACCGCCCACCGGGCCCGUCACCGCCCACCGGGCCCGUCACCGCCCACCGGGCCCGUCACCGCCCACCGGCCCCGGCCGGAGCCCAGCCGAGCCCUCCCGGUUCUUUCUCCGUCCCCAGCCAAACCCCUCCGAAGACCCUGUCAAUCCAGGCCCCACCCCCAUGACCGCCCCGCCCUUAUUAAUGACUAUUUAUUAGGCGCUUACAGGAGAGGCGAGGAGAGUUCCUGACCUUUGGCCCUUACAUUCCGAAAAGAGAAAUGAAAUCCACCCGGCGUCCCCAAAGACGCUUAAGCUGCACUACUACUUUUGAUACACCUUGUCUCUCCUUCCUAAAUGUUUAUCGAAUUAUUGAGUUGAAUCCAUGCUCUAUCAAAUCCGCCCUCCAGCCCAGUCCCACCGCGAAGUCACCCCUUUCUCCUCUCCUCCCACACGUCGUUCUGGGGAUGUCUUAAAAAUCAGAAUAAUGCCACGGCAUCCACAGCUCCCUCCCUCCCACGCCCCCAUCCCCACUCACACAUAGAUGGACACACACAGCCACCACCAACCGUCCUUUUCCUUAGACCUGACUUAAUUCGUCGAACAUUCAUCCAAGCCAUGCAUACAGGCGGCUGUACCCUCCUCCUAGAGGAUUCUCCUGCAGCAAACCCGACCGACGUGACUGACCUUCAAGGCGCUUAUUUCCCGUUGCGCGAAAACCUUCCAAAGAAGUAACUAAAAUAGUCACUUAAACAGGAAAGAGGGUAAAUAACGCGCGUCAGCGAAAGCCCGUGCGGCCAAGGAAGCCCCGGCCCCGGGCCUUGCCGCUCGGCGGGGAGCGCGUUACGGACUCCGGGAGCUAUUUGUGCGAAGGGAAAUAGCAACCAGAGGUCGGGGGUAUGAAAGAGAGAAGGCAGGCGGUUUGUAACCGGGAAUAAGAAAAGCGAGUGGGAGCCGGAUUGUGAACAGCUUUUAAAUGCCGGGCUGAGGUGUGAUUGCAUGGCUGUUAACACCUGGGGAUGCUCCCAACCCCGAAGUUCCUUCCGACGAGAAUGUGGAGAAUCCAAGGCUCUCUGUGGGUCUGCGCCACCCCAAGCCCAAGCUCCUGAGUUCCCAUCCCUUUUUUUUGCUUUUUCUGAUAGCCAAAGAACACAGUUCAAAACUGGCAUGGUAAAGGAAGAAAAAAGUAGUAAAUAAAGAAAAGUAAAGUAAUAAAGAAAAAAAAAGUGGUAAAUAUUUCCCCCAUAAACAUGGGAGAUACUCCCACAAAUACACACACAUCUUCCUUAGGGGAAAUGGAUGGAGGUAGGAAUGUUCAUAGAGAGCCGGAAUUAAAUUAAAUUAAAAGCGGAAUUAUUUCCCUGUUUUUCCUUUUUCUGCAAAAAGUUGCCUCUCUUCUUCUUUCACAGCCUUGAGCAGAGGAGAUUCGUUAUCCAGAUAGAAAGUCCUUGAACUCCGGACAGACUCAUUUCUAGAAAUCUUGUGCCCUUAGACUUAAAUCUU